AUGGACGAGUUGUGCUGCUCCAUCUGUGUGGAUAUUUUCAGGGAGCCAGUGUCUCUGCCGUGCCACCAUAGCUUCUGUCGGGAAUGUCUCAGGCUGUUUGCUGACAAAAGCAACUCCAGCCAUCAAAAAGGCAUUAGCAGUUCCCCUGUCACUGAAUCCAGUCGCAGGCAGAUCAACUGCCCUGUGUGUCGCUCACCCGCUGUUUUAACAGACGAAGGUGUAAAUGCUCCACCAGUCAACACCGAAUUAUGUGGAAAAGUGAAUUACUUCGGACAACAAGACAAACUAACAGAAGACACCCCAAUGUGCUCAGUGUGUGAGGAGACCACCAUGUCACCGGCCGCCAUGUUCUGUUCUAACUGCGACGGGUUUUUCUGUCAGCAAUGUCUUACAACAAUGCAUCCUAUGAAGGGACCGUUCAAACGGCACACAGUCAAACCUGUAAACGAGAUCUUAGCCCAGCGGACCCCAACCAGCUCGCAAAUGUUGGACAUAAAAACAGAGUCAGAACACAAGUCAGAGUGUGACAAGCACAGUCAACUAUUGUCCAUCUACUGUGUCACGUGUAAGGAUGUCGUAUGUCUUGAUUGUCUAGAAGAGCAUCCCGAGCACAGCUGCUUGGACAUAAAGACGGCUUUCGCGAAAGCUAAGAUGACAUUUGAAAGAAACACCAAGAAGGUAACAAAUAUUAUAACAGAAAUUCAAAAGGCUAUAGCAGGAUUUAAUCGGUUGCAAAAUGAUACUAAGGCAAAUCAAAAACUUCAUUACAAGGACAUUGAGAAUGCCUACACUGCAGCUCUGGGAGUUCUGAACAACUGGAAGAGAAACUCUUUAGAUAGCGUUAGAAAGAAGCACUCAGACUGGAACCUUGAGUGCAGCUCGAGUUUGAGAUGCCUCAACAUGCAACUGAAGACAAUGGAAACAGUGCAGCAGUCUUGUCAGCAGUUUUUGUCUUCUGCGGAGGUGGAAUUUUUACUGCAUUGA